AUGAACCUUAAAUUUGCCAGCAAAGAAGAUGCUAUCGAUUUCUGCGUGAAGAAUAAAUGGACCUACGAAGUAGAGGCUCUCUCAAGGGGUAAGUUAGCACGUACCUAUCUAGACAUGUCACUGGCUUUUGCACCGCCAGAGGUGCGCCAGGGCGUGCCAGACCAUCGCAGUACUGUUCAGGCCCUUCUCAACGAGAAUUCCUCGUUGAUCAAAUCGAUAAGAGAUUACCUGAGUAUGGGGCGCACCGAAGAGGCGGCCAAAUACCAGCAGCUUCUACAUAGAAACCUCAUACACCUUGCUCAAGCAGCCGAUCAGUCUCUCCUGCCGCAGUUGAGGGACGAGAAUCCUCCAAACGAUGAGAACUGCGCACAACCUACACCUUCAUCGGAAACUGGUCCUCCUUCUGGAGCUCCGACACCUGUCACCGUCGCGCCGUCAUAUCCUGUGAAACAGCCUCCGCCAACACAGCCUCCUACAAUGAUGGCUCCACCAAUGAUGCCUCCUGUUCAACCUCAAGCAGCUCCUGUGCCACCAACAUCUCAACCUCAAAUGGGUAUGCCAAUGGGACCACCGCAAGGUUACGGGUACCCACCACAAGGUAUGCAUCCUGGAGCUCCAGUUGGUGGGCCACAGGUUAUGCCGACUGGCUAUCCACCGCAAGGUUACGAUCAGUCGAUGAUGUAUUCGCAACAACAACCUCCUCAACAACCACAGCAACAAUACAUGCGUUGA